ACGACGGACACGCGAAGGACAAUCCUCGACGGUGAUCGUAUAAUAUUAUCGAGAAUCGAGGGCAAUUCACGGUGAGACACGGUGUCAUGCACAAUCGCGAUCGCUUCGUGCAAGGACGGUUGUCAACUUGAAGGACUAUAUCGAGAGUGGACGAUUUUUUUUUAAUCGUUUGUUUCGAUAAUCGAUGCGUUGUCGAGGGUGUAACGGAAACGAACGGGACAAGUGAUCCGGCGAGUGUGUGUUAUGACUGGAUUAUUUUUCGCGCGGCAAAAGGAGGAGAAGGAUGCGGGGUGGUGGUCUUUAGCCGCCCUCGGUCGAGAAAAACGCGAGAACCACGAGGAGGAAGGACGAUCGGUGAAAUUCGGCGGCGGUGGGCCGCAGGCUCGCUUGUCGGUGGUUGCCUCAGGAUUCCCUGGUGGCACCGGUGGCGCCAAAAUGCCCCGAGGUCUGCCGACUAGACGAGGUCUUCAGGCGUUGGCACUUGUCCUCGCCACUGCUUAUGCCACAAUUCUUCUUUAUCAGGCCGUUGUCCCACGUCAGUGGGUGGACGAAAUGACGGUCGAAGUGAACAGUCGGAGCGUGUUAGUGGAGGUACCGGCAUCAAGGAAAUUGAUCAGCGAAGAAUCGUCGGUUACGCCCGCGAUCGCGACAGCAACAAUGGCACCACCGUCGACGAACCUCGACGAUGUGUUUAUCAGCGUGAAAACUACCAAACACUAUCAUCAUUCCCGGCUGCCGGCCAUUAUCAGCACCUGGUUCCAAUUCGCCAAAGAUCAGACGUGGUUCUUCACCGAUCGGGACGAUCCGUACUUCCAGAAUCAAACGAACGGCCACAUGAUCAACACCAAGUGCUCUUCCUCGCAUAACAGGCGGGCCCUUUGCUGCAAAAUGUCGGUCGAGUUCGACAGGUUCCUCGACAGCGGCCGGAAGUGGUUCUGCCACUUCGACGACGAUAAUUACGUGAACGUGCCACGCCUGCUGAAGCUACUGGACAACUACAAUCCACGGGAGGAUUGGUACCUGGGCAGACCCUCGAUACCCGCGCCUUUGGAGAUCAUCAGACAGGGACCGGAACCGUCCAAGAGACCGCAAAAGGUGAAAUUCUGGUUCGCGACCGGAGGAGCGGGAUUCUGCAUCAGCAGGGCGCUCGCGCUGAAGAUGACGCCUGUGGCUGGAGGCGGUAAGUUCAUCACGGUGGGCGACAGAAUCCGGUUGCCCGACGACGUGACGAUGGGCUAUAUUAUCGAGUACCUACUGAAAAAGCAGCUGACUGUGGUCGAGCAGUUUCAUUCCCAUCUGGAGCCGAUGAAGUUCCUCAACAAGGAUACCUUUGGUGAACAGGUGUCGUUCAGCUACUCGAAGGGUCCUAGGGACGAGUGGAACAUUCUGAAGAUCGAUGGCUUCGACAUGAAGGACGAUCCGAAACGAUUCCGGUCGAUCCACUGCCAUCUGUUCCCCCACGUGCCCAAUUGUCCGCACAGAUGAUGAUCAGCUGGAUGAUCCCGCGUCGAUCCGACGGAGAAGAUGAAAACGGGACGGAAGAUCGCGCGAUCUCACGUUCCUUCGAUCUAGAUGCCGGCGGGGCGGGUGCUUCGUUCGUCCAGGGGCGGUUUUUCCCCCCGACAACUGCGAUCGUUCCACUCUGUCGCGUUCGUUCUGUGUUCCGUUUACGAUCACGUUUCGUCUCUGUACAUAGGCUGUACAUAAUUAUACCAUGCCGUGGCUCCGUUAACAUUCCCAACGACGGCAGAAUGUUAUCCAGGAGCCUCGAACCAGGAGAUACCAACGGUGGAUCGAGAUUUUUCGCGGAAGAUCGAAAGGAAAGAAAAAUCGUCGAUUCUCGAUCGAAAGAAGAAUCGUUGAUUUUUUCAGAAGACCUGAUCAAUUGGCGAAAAGGCUUUAAUUUUCGAACUAGCCUCGAGAGGGAUCUGCCUUUUGUAUUUCGACGCGGAUCAUAUUUAAAGAGGUAUAUGUCGCGAGGGGAAAACCACGGGAAUGGCUUUUUUCUUGCGGAAAAUUCAUGGUAUAUAGUCUGUACAUAGGAAGAGAUAGAGUGACCGGUAUUUGUAUAUAGAACACCGGAGACACCCAACGUGUUGUAUGUAAUUCGAAAUUGGAUGGCGAAUUUUGUUUUGAUUGGGGGGUUAUGUAUGUAUGGUAUAUAUAUGUAUAUUGGUGUCUCGAAUGUGAUUGUACCAUAUGACCACGAGAGAUGCAAGGAAUAUUCGGCGACAUAGUCUCGCCGCUGCGAAUCGAAAUUACCUUAAGCUAGUCUCUUGCGUAAGGAAGCCGAUGGCCGUUACAAUGUGAUAUUUAAUGGGUGCGAGUGGAUUCGCGAUUGCGCUAUAUCGUGCGUGCAAGAGGAAAUCGGUCGAAGAAAGGUCUUAGAAGAUACUUAAAAAAAAAAAAUAAAUCCAAUGCUCCAAGGACGAUCAACGGAACAAUAAUCGUAAAUAAUAAUCCAGAUAUUGAUUCUGUAAACGCACCAGAAUUUUCUAUUGGAACACGAGAAGAAUCAGCAACUCUUACUUUUUAUUUUGUGAACAGCGCGACGUCCGGUACCCUCAUAACCGUUCCCUGUUCUGUCGAUCGAAUCAGUGUGCAAUAUUGAGAGAAAGAGAGAGAGAGAGAGAGAUAGAGAGAGAGAAAAAGAGAAAUAAAAUUCGUGUCUGUGGGGUUUAGAAGUUAACUGCCCGGAUUAAUUGUUUGCUGUUCCGGCGAUCGGAUCCCACGUGAAAACUCGUGUUAUACACCUGUUGCGUGAAAAACGUCGGGAAAUAGAAGAGGAAAGGAGGAUUCCGUCGAAUGGAAUCUGAGAAUACAGCGAUCUACGAUUGUACGUUGUAACAAUGAUGUUUUAUAUAAUACACGGUAUCUAUAUUACA